AUGAUGCCGUUGUCAUAUUUGGAUCCCAGUGCCAGUCAGAUCCGUCUUUUAACUAUCAUUCCCGACGAGAAUGACGAGAACCCUGUUUGUGGAUCGCUCCAUACCGUGUCUCUCAACGACACCUGCGACUUUGACGCUCUGUCCUACGUAUGGGGCGACACUUCUGUGACCGUUGACAUCUCGGUUGAUGAUUGUCUAGUCGGUGUAACACCAAAUCUGCAUGCUUUCUUGCGGAGACUUCGCCAGCCUAAUUCAGAACGCACGGUGUGGGUUGAUUAUGUCUGCAUCAACCAGAACGAUAUCUCGGAGCGAAACUCGCAGGUUGCUUUGAUGUAUCAAAUCUAUUCGAAUGCUAGGUCGGUGGUUGCUUGGUUGGGGGAUCUGACGCCGGAAGCUCUGGAGCUCAUUGAGUGGUAUCAUGCCAACCGAAAUGGGUUUUAUCUUGAAAGAAGAGGCCUUCUUCAUAUUGCUCAAGCUACAGACAGGAUGGUGAGACUUGCUAAUGCACUGUGCUCCUCGCCGUAUUGGCAUCGGCUAUGGACAUUCCAAGAGUGGCAUCUCUCAAGAAAUGCCCCUGUCUGCAUGCAUGAAAAAUCGACUUUCACCAUAGGGAACAUAUUUAAUCGACUGCACGAUGAAGUAGCGGUUGCCAGAAGCAGGCUCACCCCUGAUACCAUCUCUUCAAACGGACCACCCAUCGGAUAUCCAUAUGAGCGGUGUCAGGCCAACGGGAGCAUUAUGCUCUUGCUUUAUCUUCAACAAAAACUCGACACACUUGUGAGUAAUAUCCCUCAGGAUAUUCUGCACCUCAAUCCAUAUACCCCGCGUCUAUCGGGGCUUGGCGACUUGCUAUCACUUACGAUGGGCCGGCAAUGCAGCAAUGAACUUGACAAAGUAUAUGCGUUAUAUGGGUUUUCUCCUGUGGCUAGGGAAACAUACCCUCCCGACUAUCGAAAGACCACCAGCCGGGUCAACCAUGAAACAACAUCAUUUAUUUUGGGACACGAAGUCAAUAUGAAGAUAUUUAAUGACUUUGAUUUCUGCUUCAAUUCUGUUAAUAAACACGAGUCACUCCCUUCAUGGGUUUUGGACUUCACCACGACGGAUCCGGAACAUCGCGAAAAGAUGCAGAGAAGCUUCUCCAAGACAAUGAAUCUGGACAAGGCUCUCUGGAAGCAAAGUAAAAAUCAUGGUCCCAUAAUAGCAGAUAAUAUGCAGACUCUCAAACUCUGGUGUCGGAAAGUAGGCGUUAGCACUGGUUCAUUGGUGCUUCAUUCAGAUGUCUCCCGCUGUCUAGACCAGGUACAGCUGAUUGCCAAAGCCUUCAAGAAGCAUGGCAAGGACAGAUUCCCGAACAUAUACGAUACGACAAUAAAAGCUGCUUACUACUACACUGGAUGCUCCGAGAUCGUUCACCUUAAUGUCUUCUAUGAGAUUAUGAAAAUGUCGCUCCUGGAUAAGCUUGAAGAGUACCAGGAGGUGACGAAGGGGUCUUUUUCAACGCUUUACCUCUCUGCUGCUCAACUUACAGGAAAGCUAUGGUUUCACAUGAUCACCUCAGCUGGAGAUAGUAUUGGCUUAACCGAUUGUGAGAUUAAAAAGGGUGAUAUUCUAGUCAUCCCCUGUGGAAUCGCCCAAGUGUUUAUUCUCCGUCCCAUCCCAGAGGAGCUGCUUGUGGAUGGUGAAGAAGUCCAGUACUUCAAGGUGAUUGGGCGGGCGUAUGUUGAGGGCAUUUCAGAUCGAGGGGAAGCUCUGCCGGAUCCUCUUCGUUCCGAGAUGGAGAAUACAUCUCCUACACUGUUCUGUCUUCGGUGAAAUUACACUGCUGCUCAAACUGUCUGCACUUCUGAUCAAUAGGCAUAUACACUAUUUUCCAACGAAACCAGCUGGAUUUGCUAUAGGAUGGAAUUGAACGUUCAAAAUGAUUUCAAGGAAGAGACUAAUCUAAAAGACCAAUGCGAGAUUGCCAUAAUGAGAACUCUAUGCUAG